CGCGGUUUCGAUGCAAGCAAUUAUCGAUGUUUUCCCAGAUCUCGGUCAGUAAAUGCGAAAUAAGAUAGGCGACAUUUAGGAAAUAGGUGACAAUGAAGCUGCUCCCACUGAUCUGGCUGCUGAGCGGCCUGCUCCUAGUUGCCGGCCAGCAGAAUGCUUCGGCUGCCGCGUCCCCCAAGGACAUCGUGGCGGGGAAGGGGGUUCCAGGAUCGGAAUCGGGAACUCCACCAGUUGCAGGCCAAGCGCAGCCAAAGGAACCUGUCGUCCAGAAGCCGAAAGAGGACACCGACAAGACGGCCCAAGCGGAAGGUGUAGACAAGCACAGAAAGCGCACAGACACUAGCGUGCCCCCAGCUUCAAAUUCAACGGUGGAGCAGAAGGGCUCCAAGGGAAACAAGACGGCCACCCCCAACAGCGCAGUGACUUCCACUUCUACCACGACCACGACCACAGCCAAGCCAGCUGCAGGAUCAGCCAUAGUCAGCGAUGGUCAGUCUAUGCGAGACGUGACCAAGGCGGGCAGCUCGCCCAACAGCACCGCCACUUCUUCCAGCACCACGACAACGACUACGACUACUAAACCAACUACAACAAGCACCACUACAACCACGCCGAAGCCCAAGAAACCCACUUUAACCGAGAGCAUGAAUACGCACCCGGAGUUGGAGAGCGAGCUGGAGCAGCAGAAGAGUCAGGAGAAGCCCGGCCAGCCAACCAAGCCCACCCAAGCACAGCCGUCGGAGCCCUUGGUGCAGGAGCUCACUGGAAGCAGUCACCGCGAGCAGUCUGGGUAUGUGGUGCCCAUCUUGACCGUGCUGCUGACUGUGCCGCUGGCCAUCGGCGUGAUGACCAUUUUGUACCGCCGCUUCCGCGACAUGUGGAGCACCAGGCACUACCGCCGCAUGGACUUCCUGGUGGACGGCAUGUACAACGACUGACGAAGGCCAGGACGGCAGACAGGCAGCAAGGGCGGCCACUUCUCCGGGUGCUCCUCCUCCGGCGCCCGCGGAUGAUGAUUAUUAGUUGUUUAAGUUGUACGUCGACUAGGCGCUUGCAUUCAAUGCAAGGCCUCCGGAACGAAAGCAGAGUGAGAAGAAGAGGAGGUGGAAAGAUGAAAGAAAACUAGGAUAUUGAUCAGUCAAUAUCAGUCAAUUAAAGGAGAAAGGGAUUCGCACUGUAGCGUGGCUAAGAAGACCCUUCCGAGCGGCCAAAUUGAAUUUAAACCAACUGAUUUUCUACGCUAAAUUGGAGCGUGCUUUUAAUUUUAAGCAUUUUGGAUUUAUGUCAAGCAUUUGUUACCAAUCAAAUUGAAACCGACACUUAUAUACCCUGUAUAUCUACUUAAAACUAUGUACACCAGCUGCUGUAUAUUGGAGGCUGCGACCAAUCGAAUCGGACUCCCAUUCAUCAGCGCAAUUAGCAAUCACUCAAUCCACAAUCUAGCCGUAAUGUGCCUUACAAAUCAGCUCUAAAUAUAUACACCUUUACACAUGAUAUUCUCCAUCUUCGAAGCUUACGAGAUGAAUUCUCUGCAUUUACUUUACGCAACACAACACUCAAUAAAAAAGCAGCAAAAACCAAAAAAUCACAAGCAAUCGGCCUGAUACAAGCAAAUUUGUUGCUUUAUAAAUAUAUAUAUAUACAUAUAUUACUUGUUGUUAUCAGAGAAACAAUUAUAAUAAAGCGAAAGGCAUAAAAAUUGAA